GCUGUUUUAUGCACUGAAAACGGAAAUGGGUUCUCCAAGGCUGCUUUUAUUAUUGAUUUCUGUGUUUGUGUUACUUUCGUUUUCAUCAACUACCUCAAUCCCAGUUCCAGAACAUUUCACUCAAUGUCUUGAGGCGAAUUCUCAGAACUCAAUCCCAAUUUCCACCACAUUUUUCACUCCUGACGAUGGUUCAUUCACUACAAUCCUCGAAUCCACAGCUCAAAAUCUAAGGUACUUGCUGCCUUCAAUGCCGAAACCCGAAUUCAUAUUCACUCCAUUGGAGGAUUCCCAUGUUCAAGUUGCUGUCUUCUGUGCAAAAAAGCUCAAAAUCCAUAUGAGGGUGCGCAGCGGAGGUCAUGACUAUGAAGGAAUUUCUUAUGUUUCUCUCAUUGAGAAGCCAUUUAUGGUUUUAGAUCUCGCCAAGCUUCGUGCCAUCCAAGUCAAUAUAGCACAAAACACAGCUUGGGUUCAAGCCGGUGCUACCAUUGGAGAAGUUUACUACAGAAUUUCUGAGAAAAGCCCAGUCCAUGGCUUUCCUGCAGGCGUUUGUACAAGCUUAGGAAUUGGUGGUCACAUUACAGGAGGUGCAUAUGGCUCCAUGAUCAGAAAGUAUGGACUUGGUGCUGACAACGUCGUGGAUGCACGAAUUGUUGAUGCCGAUGGCAAGAUUCUUGAUAGAAAGGCCAUGGGCGAGGACUUGUUUUGGGCAAUUACAGGAGGAGGAGGAGGCAGCUUCGGGAUAAUUUUAUGGUGGAAAAUCAAGCUUGUUCAAGUUCCGCCUAUAGUGACAGUUUUUUCUGUACCAAAAACCUUAGAACAAAAUGCAAGCAAUAUUCUCCAUAAAUGGCAGCAAGUGGCACCAAACAUUGAUGAGAAUCUGUUCCUUAUGGUUCAAACACAGGCAGCAAAUUCUAGUACUCAAGGUGAAAGAACUAUAUUAACUUCUUAUAUUGCUCUUUUCCUUGGUAGGGCCGAUAGGCUUCUCCGAUUGCUGAAGAAAAAAUUUCCAGAGUUAGGUCUCACCAAAAAGGAUUGUUUAGAAACAAGUUGGAUCAAAUCUGUGCUUUACUUAGCUGGUUUUCCAAACACCACAUCCCCAGAAAUUCUUCUCCAAGGGAAUCCCCCCAUUCCCAAGGGAUACUUGAAGGCCAAGGCAGAUUUCAUGAGGCAAGUGGUUCCUGAAACUGCACUGAAUUCCAUGUGGGAAAGGUUUAUGCAAGAAGAUCAGCCCUUGAUGAUUUGGGUUCCAUAUGGAGGAAUGAUGAGUAGAAUCUCAGAAUCUGCAACUCCAUUUCCUCAUAGAGAUGGAGUGCUCUUCUUGUCACAGUAUGUAGCUAGGUGGCUAGACGGAGAAAAGAGCAUGGAAAAGCACAUGAGUUGGGUUAGAGGAUUCUAUGACACCAUGGCCCCUUAUGCUUCAAACCUUCCGAGAGAGGCUUAUGUGAAUUACAGAGACCUUGAUUUGGGGAUGAAUCAAUUGAAUAAAACAAGCUUCUUGAGGUCAAGCACCUGGGGAUUCAAGUACUUUAAGGAUAACUUUAUAAGGUUGGUGAAGGUGAAAUCUAAGGUUGAUCCAAGUAAUUUCUAUAGGCAUGAGCAAAGCAUCCCUCCAUUGCAAAUUGGGGAGUAAAAAGUUUUAAACCAGUGAAAAUUUGUAUGGUAUAAUUUGUAUGGUUUGUGCAUGCAUUCGUGUAAGAUCCAAAUAAGUCUGCAAACUAUUUUCUUCAGUGCUCUAAAUUGUGAAUGCAAUGUUGUGUGAAUGUGAUACUGAUUGUUAAUUCCUAUUAUUACUAA